AGCACCACCAUAUCAAUUGACCAGUCUAUCCCAAAAUCAAAUCUCAAUUCCCCUAAACUUAACACUAAACCAUAUCCACUUUCCCUCUCCCAUCUACCACCCCCCAUAACCACCACCAUGGCCCCCUUCGCAACCCUCCAUACAAGCACCAAUUUUCUGCACGCGCGGGUCGCCAAAACCCUUGCAGCCGCCAACUUCAACGGCCUUGACCUUGCCGUCGAACCUGGUUUCGAAUAUGGUGUCACCAACAAAACCCCCUCCUACCUCGCCAAAUUCCCCAUGGGCAAAAUCCCCGCUCUUGAAACCCCCUCCGGCUUCUACCUCGCCGAAGCUACAGCCAUGGCGUACUACGUCUCCGAAUCUGGACCCUGCAGCGCGCAACUCCUAGGCCGCAGCGUCGAAGACCGUGCCCUGGUGCAGAUGUGGAUUGCGUUCGCUGACUCGGAGCUCUUCUUCCCGAGUCAGACCAUUUUAGCACAUGUUUUGGGACGCAAGAAAUACGACCCCGAGGCCGGGGAUGAGAAGGAAGCGGCGUUUGAGCGGUCGCUGAAGAGGCUAGAAUUGCAUCUUGCGCAGGAGGGGAAGAAGUGGUUGGUUAGGGAUGAGGAGGUGAGUUUGGCGGAUUUGAGUGUGGCGAGUUCGUUGUUGUGGCCGUUGAAUUGGUUUAUGGAUCCGGAGUAUAGGAAGAAUUAUCCGAAGACGAUGGAUUGGUGGGAGAGGUUGAUGGCGGUGGAGAGCGUGGGAAAGGCGUUUGGCGCACCAGUGUCCAUGUGUGAGGAGAAGGCAAAGAUGGAUGGGAGUGCGCCUCCAACUUUGGGAUAGAUGGGUGGGUAAGGCCAGGGAGGGUUCCGGGUGUUGUAAAAGAUAUCUGUCUGCUCUCUGAGGUAGGAUAUUUGUAGACAGACCAAAUAUCAAGUUGCACACUAAGAAGCCAAAUGCAGAUC